AUGAUCUUUGAUGCUGCAACCGUAACAAAGGGCUCAGCCGGGCCGUCGGGGAUGGAUGCCGAGCUAUAUCGAAGAAUCCUCUGCUCCAAGAAUUUCAAGGCUGAGACCAAGGUUUUGAGAGAGGAGAUAGCCGUUUUCACAAGAAAUCUGUUAAAGAUCGCUUACCAUCCAUCUUUGCUGGAAGACUAUAACUCUUGCAGGCUCAUUCCCUUGGACAAAAACCCUGGAAUACGACCUACUGGCGUUGGUGAGGUCCUGAGGCGAAUAGAUGGAAAAACUACUGCUGGAUUUUUGAAGGAAGAGGUCAAAGAGACAGAGGGCCCCCUUCAGGUUUGUGCAGGCUAUAG